AUGGAAACGGUGGCGUUCUACCCCGAUCCGAUCAAUCAGAAUCAAACCUUCGGCGACCCGAAGGGCCAUUUCCGAUGGGGCCUGGAGUAUUACAAGCUGGCCAAGACGGUCUUUCCCGCCUCGUCGAUGCCGCAUUUCCUCGAGGGCUCCGAUUAUUCCGCGUUGAACGCGUCGUUCUGCGCUCGUCGAGGCAUCAUCGCACGCAUCGUUCCGACCAUGUACGACUCGUUUGUGAGCACUGCAGAGCCGAUGCUGGUUCGUCUUUUAGCCUACCGCCAGUUCCGUCUCGCUCUCCGCACACAGCCGCCGUCUCGUCUGUCCGUCUUCUUUCUGAACCGGAACGGGGGCAGUCGGGGCAUCCGGAACGUGGAGGAGAUCAUCGAGUACAUGCAGAAAGCCAAUGAAACUGAGCUGAACAUUUCGUCCAAUUCGCCGGCGACGUUUGAAGACCAGGUUCGAAGCGUGGCGCAUAUCGACGUGUAUGUGAGCAUGCAUGGCGCAGCGAUGACGAACAUUCUGUUUAUGGAGCCGCUGAGCGCGUUGAUUGAAAUGAACCCGCCCAAGUUCAAGGAAGCGUUUUACAGGAACAUGGCGAGCAAGGCGAAUUUGCUGUUCUAUGGGAUUUACAGUACGUACACGGAGAACAUGGAAUAUUCGAUGAGAGAGCAGUCGACGGCGAAGAUUUUGAAUCAAUGGAUUACGGUGCCUUUGAGGCUGUUUGGGAAAACGUUUGAUCUAGCGACGAAGAAUGUGUGGAAGUAUAAAUAUAGAAUGUGUGAUUAUUGA